UGCCAGGACAUCGGCAAAGCAAAAGGCUGACGAGCAGAUGUCCCACGGAAAGCGGUUUAAAUAAAUCAAAUAAAAAAUAAAGCCACGAAUUAGGGCACUAAUAAUUAAAGGCUUACAAGCCCAGUUAAGUUUUUACGGCUGAAACUGCAGAUACCAGCUGAGUGUUGUGGUGGCUAAUUGCGAGUUUGGGCCACUUGUGUCUGUUGUUUAUCGAUUUGUGUAUAACGUUUGCUCCGAAUCUGCAACCGAGAGUCCUCAUGCCAAUCUGGAAAACAAUGCCAAGGUCCAGCAGCCAACGAGUAGUUUAACCACCAAAGGAUACGACUUUGGUUAAGGUUUUAAGGAGCAAAACAACAGCAGUGAGUCAUGGAUGGGGGUGGACAGGAGACCACAUACGAACCGCUGGACGGCCGUGGCUCUGGCCGUUCGAGGAGCAGCCAUUCCCCAGCUGGCUCGGGCUUGAGGCAUCCGGCCAGCAUGGACAGUCCCGAGUUUGACACGCGCGCCCCCAAGGAUCAGAGGCACUCCGUCUACCUGGCCCUAUUGGCGGCGGGCAUUGGGUUUGUUUUGCCUUACAAUAGUUUUAUCAUUGCUGCGGAUUACUGGCAGGCGCGUUUUCCCGGUCGCCCCGUGGCCCUGGACAUGUCGAUGACGUACAUUUUCGUGGCAUUCGCCACUGUCCUGCUAAACAAUAUAGUUUUGUCGUUGGCGCCAUUUCAGUCUCGUGUGCUCUUCGGCUACAUGGUGUCCUUCACCACCCUGAUCUUUGUGGCCGUGUGCGAAGUGGCCUGGCAUAUGUUUGCCCAAAAUACAGCGUACCUGGUGAAUAUGUCCGCGGUGGCUCUGACCGCCAUCGGUUGUACCGUGCAGCAGUCCAGUUUCUACGGCUUCGCCUCGAUGCUGCCCAAGCAGUACACCCAGGCGGUGAUGGCCGGCGAGAGUAUCGCCGGCUUCCUGGUGUCUUCCAAUCGUGUGGUGACCAAGCUGCUCAUCAACAACGACCGCGUCUCCACGGUCAUCUUCUUUCUGACCUCCACCCUUUACAUACUCUUUAGCUACCUGCUGCAUGUGGCCACCAUCAAUUCGCCGUUUGUGCGGUUCCAUGUGGAAGCCUGCUCCAAGAUUGUACUGCGGCCGGAUGAGCAGGAGGUUGAUGGAGCGCCCAGUGGCACUCGGUAUGGAGUGCUCUCGAUGGACGGCACCCACACCACAACCACAUCGGUGGGACAACAGGGCACUGGAAACGCCCUCAGCUUCAGCAAUCCCGUGUACGAGCUGUCCAAUCCGACGGCCGGCGAGAGUAGCAUCGAGGCCCUGGGCCAGCUACCAGAACUUCCGGCCACGCCUCCCGCCCAGGAGCCCACAACGCCCACGACGGUUGCAUUUAAGGUGGAGCACGUGAUCACUCCGCGUCGCUGCCGGCCGAGCAAGUUGGGCGAUAUCCGCGAGGGAUUCGUGACCAGAUGGCGGGUGGCCCAGGUUAUCUAUCCACACAUGGUGUGCAUCGCCCUUGCCUACUGCGUGACCCUCUCCCUGUAUCCGGGCAUCGAGGUGGAGGUGCAGUCCUGCGCCCUCCGCUCGUGGAUGCCGGUGCUGCUCAUGUUCUGCUUCAAUACGUCGGACGUGGUCGGCAAAAUCCUGGCCGCCAGUCCCUACCCGUGGUCACGCCGCCAGCUGAUCCUGCUGUCCGGCCUAAGGAUCGUCCUGGUGCCGCUCCUUUUGCUUUGCUGUGCGCCACGCCAGCGUCCAGUAAUAUCCGGCGAGACGGCGCCGUUUGUCUUCACGAUUGCCCUGGGCAUUACCAACGGAUUGGCCGGCAGCUUGCCUAUGAUGCUAGCUCCGGCCAAGGUGCCGGGAACGCUGAAGGAGGUAACUGGAAACAUCAUGACCCUGUCGUACAAUGUAGGCCUGACGGUAGGCUCCCUGAUUGGCUACUUGUUCGAGAGCAUGCUGGGUCCGCAGCUGGCGAAUCCCUGCCCCUCGUAUCCCUAUGUGCCCGCCUCGAUCUUCGAACAGUUUCAUGGCCACGGCCAUGGACACGGGCAUCUGCCGCACCCGCUGCCGCUGACCAGUACGAGUACGAUGAGUCCGCCGACCACUGGGGCCACCACUCUGGCCCCGCUCCUGCUCAACACGACGCUGGCCAGCCUUGCGCAAUCCAGCAGCUCCACCACCAGCACCUCAAGUCCGGCCUUGGCCACCGUGAUUACCACCACAGCUCUGGCGCUCUACAGCACGGUGGCGGCCAGCAGUGCAGAGGUGCUGAACGCCACCAUGACCUCGAUCCUGUCCACAAUCACCAGUUCGGUGGGGGAUAUCAGCGAUGAGAUGACCACGGAUCCCCAGACGCCCGAGGCUCUGGUCGAUAAUAUCUAAGGAUCGAUGAAGCACGCCCACAUCUGCAUAUCUUUCUUUGUAAGCUUUACUGCGAGACUAUAUUUGGAUAUCAUUGAAUCAUUUACAGAUUUAUUUCAUUAUUAUUCUUACCAGGCAGAACGAGUAAGCUUUUUAAUCAUUUUGAAAAUUUAAUACCAAUAUCAAAGGACAAGAAAAUCUCUUCAAAAUGAAUUAUAGCAUACAAAUAAUUUUGUUUCUUCAUUUUCCACAGACCUAUAAACAAAUCACAUUGAAAACGAGUAAGAAAUACAAUUGAAAUUUACCUUUAUCAAACAGUAAAGUAAAGGAUAACCAAUUAUCUUGAAAUUCUUUCCGUAAAGUGAUCCAUUUUGCGAGUAAGCAUAUAUUUCAGCUCAAGAUAUACAAAAUGUGAACAAAGAUUCCAAUGAAAAGCAUGCGCAAACUUCUUACUAUAGGCAAUACAACUCGUGUACGUACGUAGUUCUAUAAACUAUAUGUAUUUAUAUCCUUAAGGUGUCUAGGGUGUGACAUCUAGGACCCGCACAUUACUAUUCGAAUAUACUCCAAACAAGUGCUAUGGUUUUCAAAUUAUAAACCUGUUGACUUAGAGUUACGUACUUAAAAUAUAUGUGUGAAUCUGCGUAUGAUCGAGGAAAGCGGGCCUGGUUAUUUUUGUAAGAGUGAAAAAUAGUUGAUGGCACAGAAAAGCAGCUUUAGAAAUAUAUUUCAAUCAAAAUAAGACAUGUUAUCAGUGGGAAAAUUAAUACUAUGUAUCCUUUUUUGUUUUAAAAAGAUUUGUAUGUAUGGUUCGCGUUAAAUGAUUUUUGUAUAAACUAGAGAAGAAUGUGAGUCGGGUAAAAAUGUAAUUGUUGUAAGCAUUAAAAGCCAUCAAGUGCUGCAGCUGGCCUUAAAUUGUUUUGUUGCUAUUUAAUUAAUUUAUUUAAUUUCCCUGCGAUUGUUCUGGCUAUAUACGUAGAGAGAAAAUUGUAUUUAUAAGUAACAAAUAUGUCAACCUGCAGAGAACAUUACAAAUAAAUGUUAAUAUAGAAAUAUUUCAAUAUA